CGCAGAAUUAGGGUUUUGGUGAGUGGCGACUUCUACUAUUCCUCAUGCAGCAGACAACAAUGGCAGCGGAUUCGCAAAAGAUUGAACAGGUUCAGUGCUUCGGGCGGAAGAAGACGGCGGUGGCCGUCACCUACUGCAAGCGAGGGCGCGGUCUGAUCAAGAUCAACGGUUGUCCCAUCGAGCUGGUUGAACCGGAGAUCCUCCGGUUCAAGGCGUUCGAGCCGAUCCUCCUCUUGGGGAAGAGCAGGUUCGCCGGCGUGGACAUGAGGAUCCGCGUCAAGGGCGGCGGUCACACCUCUCAGAUUUACGCCAUACGGCAGAGCAUAGCGAAGGCACUCGUGGCGUUCUACCAGAAGUACGUCGAUGAACAGAGCAAGAAGGAGAUCAAGGACAUCCUUGUCAGGUAUGAUCGUACCUUGCUUGUCGCUGAUCCCAGGCGCUGUGAGCCCAAGAAGUUCGGUGGUCGUGGUGCUCGCGCUAGGUUCCAGAAGUCCUACCGUUGAGGUAGUUUUUCCGGAACGAGAAAUGGAAAAAAAGAGAAAGCGACAAGAUGUCUUUGGCGAUUUACUUUGGUUUUCGGUUCAUGUUUUAUGCUGUGGAAAACUUUUGUUGUUGAUUGGCAGUUUUAUAAUUUUUGCCUUAUUUUAAAUACGGGAUCUUUUGCUAUUUUAAUCGAACUUGUUGUUUUAGUUCAAAUGCAA